CAUGCGGUGAUGAAGAUGGUGAUGGUAAUACUCGCGUGCCUCUCAUAGUUUUCUACCCUGGCGGAGGUUUUUCAUUCAGGGGAGAAGAUUCAAAAUUCUUUGAUGAUUUCUGCCGGCAAAUGGCGCGUGAGAUUCUCGCUGUUGUUACUUCUGUUAAUUACCGACUUGCACCGGAGCACAAGUACCUGUCUGAAUACGACGACGGAUUCGACGUUUUAAAGUUCAUAGACGAGGGGAAUUUCGAUAGGUUUCCCGCUUCAGCCGUUCUCACCCGUUGUUUCAUCUCUGGUGAUAGUGUCGGUUGGAAUUUGGCCCAUCACAUGGACGGCAUCGAAGAUCAGGCUAACGAAAGCGCAUCCAUGGAAUGGACAGACUGGAUGUGGAAAUCCCUUUUGCCCAAUGGGUUAGACUGAGAUCAUCUGGAGGUCAAUGUUUUGGGACCCAAUUCGAUGGACAUCUUCCGGUUUCAAGUUCCCGGUGAAGGAGGUAAUUAUCUGAUAUGCAGAAAAACUAAUGGUUAGAAGUCUAAAAAGCCAUGUGUUUACUUGACUUAUUGCUGGUUUGUGUCAGUUUAGUAACAGGUAGCAUAUGUUAGUAUAAAAGUGUUUGUAUCUCUUUGUUAAGUGUUUAGUUAUUUUGGCAUUCUUCAAUCUUCUUAGAUUCCUUUGUAAUUUUUUUGUAUUCCAGACUGUUGUAAAGGAUAUACAUCGAAGAUCCUUUCUCUUUUGUGGAUUUUCCUUGUAUCCCUUUAAAUUUUGUUUAUUGGUAUCAUUUUGGUAUUAGAGCAAGUUCCUGGCAUCAUGGAAACUCGCUUACAAGAAUAGAAGAAACUGAUUGAU